CGGCGGCGGCUAUAGGCGGGGGCGGUGGCGGCGGUGAAGGUGACGGGGGCGCCGGCGGGAACAUGGCGGCUGCAGCGGGGGCGAUGCUGAGCGGGCGGCGGCCGGCCGCGGGGCUGCUGCGGGCUCUGAAGUGUACAAGCCGUGGCUACGCCUCGCAGCGCACUUUAAAUGAGGUGGUGAUAGUAAGUGCUGUAAGGACACCUAUUGGAUCUUUCCAAGGAUCUCUUUCAUCACUGCCAGCCAAUAAACUUGGUUCCAUUGCAAUUAAGGGAGCAAUUGACAGAGCAGGAAUCCCUGCAGAAGAAGUGAAAGAGGCCUAUAUGGGCAAUGUCCUGCAGGCUGGACAAGGACAAGCUCCAGCAAGACAAGCAGUCUUGGGUGCAGGUCUGCCAAUCGCCACUCCUGCCACAACUGUCAAUAAAGUCUGUGCUUCAGGAAUGAAAUCAAUCAUGAUGGCAGCGCAAAGCCUGAUGUGUGGGAGUCAGGAUGUCAUGGUUGCUGGUGGAAUGGAGAGCAUGUCAAAUGUCCCCUACACCAUGAGCAGAGGGGCAACACCUUAUGGAGGAGUAAAGCUGGAAGACCUGAUAGUAAAAGAUGGGCUGACAGAUGCUUACAACCAUAUCCAUAUGGGCAACUGUGCUGAGAACACUGCAAAGAAGUUCACUAUUUCCAGAGAGGAGCAAGACACCUACGCCAUAGGCUCUUACACCAAGAGCAAAACAGCCUGGGACUCGGGAGUACUGAAAAAUGAAAUAGUUCCUGUCACUAUUACAAAAAAAGGGAAGCCAGAUACAGAAGUGACAGAAGAUGAAGAAUACAAACGUGUCGACUUCAGUAAAGUUCCAAAGCUGAGAGCUGUUUUCCAAAAAGAAAAUGGAACAAUCACAGCUGCUAAUGCCAGUACCCUGAAUGAUGGAGCAGCUGCUUUGGUGCUGAUGACUACAGAGGCGGCCAAGAGACUGAAAGCCAAGCCUUUGGCACGGAUAGUAGCUUUUGCAGAUGCUGCUGUCGAUCCUAUUGACUUUCCAAUUGCACCUGCAUAUGCUGUUCCCAAGAUUCUAAGUGAGGCAGGCCUGAAAAAAGAAGAUAUUGCAAUGUGGGAAAUUAACGAAGCAUUCAGUGUUGUGGUGCUGGCCAACAUUAAAAUGCUGGGCAUUGAUCCACAGAAAGUAAAUAUUAAUGGAGGCGCUGUCUCUCUUGGACAUCCAAUAGGAAUGUCUGGAGCAAGAAUUGUCGUUCAUAUGGCCCAUGCUUUGAAAGCAGGACAAUAUGGUCUUGCAGGAAUCUGCAAUGGAGGAGGAGGUGCUUCUGCAAUACUGAUACAGAAGCUGUAGCCCAAGUAGGAUCAGAAACACAGCCUUAAACGCUCUCUGAUCAAAUUAUACGUGGUAGCUGUUACAUUGUAUUUAUCAGUUAGUGGAUGAAUUCUGUAACUGCUAUUCUAAAAUUUCAUAAAGGAUCAACGAUUACAAAGCCUGGCCUUUUAUUGCUUGAUCAGUGCAAGUUUUUAUACAAGACAAAUAAUCAAUGUCAAACUUUAAUUUUGGCUUGAAACAUGACAAUAAAGAAUGUUAACUAUG